AUGCAAGAUCGCGACGAGCCCGCACAGUUGACCCUCGCCGCUUGGCUCGAGCUCCUGGACCCGGUCUCUUCAACCGUUCCGUCCAACGCCCAGUCCUAUACACGCUACCUCCAGACCGCCAAGCGCAAGAUCCGCAGCAGCAAACCGCACCAAAAACUCGCGCUACUACGCAGCUCUGCGCAGGACCUGACCCCCCAACUUGACGAAUUCCGCAGACGACUUUUGACAACGCUCCAGGCGCUCGAUAAACCCCUCGAAUCCGUGUUCUUCCACAACAGCUCCCGCCUCGAAAAAUGGUUUUACCCGUUCACCAUCGUCAACAUCUUCGUCGUGGGCCUCAUCAUGGGCCGUUUCCCGCAACUCUUCCACGUCUACUACACCGCCAUGCUUGUCUUGCUCAUGCCCGUGCGCUUUUACACCUACUACAAGACCAACAAUCAUUACUACUUGGCCGACCUGUGCUACUACGUUAACGCCAUGUGCAUACUCUUCAUUUGGGUGUGUCCUUACUCCGUGCAUCUUUACCAGUCCUGCUUCGCGUUCACCUUUGGCACUCUCAGUUUCGCGGUCAUCACCUGGCGCAACUCGCUAGUUAUCCACUCCGUCGACAAGAUCACCUCCUGCUUCAUCCAUAUCAUGCCCCCGCUCACCAUGUACACCAUACACCAUACCAUCGACGAACAACUCAAACAAACUCGCUUCCCGGCGGCUUCUUUAAGGGCUUCCAAGACCUGGAAUUUGAAAACGAACAUUUUGUGGACUUCCCUCUACUAUCUCGUGUGGCAAAGCGCAUACCAUUACUUCAUAACGCUUCGCAAAUCGUCCAAGAUAAGAUCGGGCCAACGUAUGACUAGCUUCGAAUAUCUUACCACCCAUCAGUUCAAAAAUUUUUGGGCCGUCAAAUUGCCCGACCCAUGGCCCAUGCUAUUGUACACUUUAUUCCAAUACUGUUAUCAACUCGGCACUAUGAUGCUAUGUAGCAUCUGGUUUAACUACCGUCGCGCAGCGGCCGCUUUCAUGCUUUUCAUAUUCUGGUCUGCUGCCAAAAACGGUGCUACCUAUUACAUCGACCACUAUGGCAGAAAGUUCGAAAAAGAAGUGGCCAAGUUGAAGGAAGAAGUCGAAAACUUGCAAAAUCAACUCAACGUAAGAACUGAAGCGAAUUCCGCGUCUGAUCUUACCAAAUGA